AUGACAACAUCUUUCGGACACUUUGGCAAUUGUAUAAAAAUACCUUCGCUGGACACUCUACCGACUGAGAUACACAGUUUAAUCUUAAACUAUACAUCAUCUGGCGCUAAACAUCGGUUACUCUUUGCAUGCCGGCAAUUAAACACACCAGUCGCACCAAAACUAUACAGCGAUGUGACACUAAAUGUCCGCGAAGAAGAUCAAAAGAGUCUCGACUCCCAUAUUGCAGGUUUGUUCCGCACUAUUCGAGAUGAUCAAACCUUGGCCCUAUAUGUCCGCGAGCUUAAUAUCAAAGGAUAUAAACUACGCGAAGUUGAAGCUGGGUAUAUUCCUACUUCAGAUGAUGAUAAGGAGGACACCACACAACAAACUCAUCAACCUGUUAGGAAAAAACUGGUUUAUGAAACAUGCGACACUAAUUCAGUUGUUGCCGCAAUGCUUCACAAACUCGAGACCCUAGAGACACUUCACUAG